UACGGCUCUUUUCCAUCAAAUUCUGUAUCUCUAUACAUGUAUAUAGAAUCAUACAACUGUACAUACAAGAAUAUAUAUACAUACAGUUCAUAAUCUUAUAUACUCGUCGAUAGGUAAUUGUACUUGAACUUGAAUCUCCAUGGAUGUUCUAUCAUUUAUCGCACCUUCAAUUCUACUCCCAACCGGCAAUCAUCACUUCCAACAACCUCUACGACGAUUACGUUUAGUUUCUCUUUCUUCCAACCGAAAGCUCCAUCAUCGGAUCUAUACGAGUAGGAGGAGGAGGUUCGUGGAGGUAUCGUGUAGAACCGGAUCUGGAGAAACGGACGGACAUGAGGAUCAUCAUCGUGAGGAAGAUGAGAUUGAAAAGGCGCUCAGUAUGGACGGUACUAUUCCUGGAACUUCAGACGAGUUUGUAAAACGAGUCUCUUCUCACGCUUACGAUCUGCGCCGACGGUUUCAACAGACGUUUGAUAGCAGUAGUUAUGACGUAUUGGAGACGAAUCCAUGGAUGGACAGUGGUAAAGCUGUGUAUAUCCUUACGCAGAAGGAAAAUCAAUUGUGCACAAUGAAAACACGAAGAAACCGAAGUGAAGUCGAAAGAGAACUAGGUUUAUUGUUUUCGAAAGGUGGAGAAUUGAGAUCUGGAAAGCAAUCAAGAGCAGGAGGAAGAACAGACUUUCAGAUGCUUGUUGAAGAUGUAACAGAAGGGGUGCUAGUAUUUGAAGAUGAAAUGGAUGCUGCAAGAUAUUGUGAUUUACUACAGGGAGGAGGAGGCUGUGAAGGCGUGGCGGAGAUUGAAGCCGCAUCUGUAUUUGAUCUAUGCCAGAAAAUGAAGGCUCUUGCUGUUCUAUUUCGGAGAGGAAGAACUCCACCUCUACCAGAAAGCCUCAAGUUGAAUUUAAGGGCUCGAAAGCGCUCCCUCGAGGAUGAUCAAGAUUAACUACCAUUAAUACCGCAGCAAGAAGAAACAGUUAUAUUCAUUAAUCAGAUUUAUAUAACUCUCAUAACAUUGUAAAUGAACACUACUAAAUCUUGUGAUUGUGAUUGGAUUGACAAUGGGUGGAUUGGUGUCACAGUCCAUGUUAUGUUCAUUUAGGA